GUUCCUUUCCGCGUAAACCUUCUUGGCAUCUCAAUACGCGGAACAUAGACAAGAUCCACUAUGCUAAUUUUUAGAAUCUCUAUACGCGGAAAACGCAAGACAACCCUCCUCUCAGACUACAUGUCCGUACGUCGCCGUGAUGAUACCAACGCCCAGUUCGUAGGGUUAAUGCCGAGACUAAUUCGUAGACUUGCUUGAUAACUACUUUAGAUAGACAUUAGACGCCCUUCUCAUGCGCCUCUAGACUACCGAAGUUCUCCCCUGACCCGCCCCCAAUACGCGGAUAGUUUCUGCUUUAUUCAGGAGUUAGGCGCAUGGUAAUGAGGCUAUACACCCGACUAUGGGAACUGAAUCGCCUGAUUCGAAGAGAUCAAAGUCCUAUUGAAUGAGUAGUAGUAAGAAUGGCUAGGGCUAGGCAGACGUUUAAAGAAUUCUUUGCGUGCGGCUGUCACCAUCUUGUUCGUCCAUAUAUAGACGCUCGUAUGUUUCGAGCGAUGUCUUUUCGCCGUAGAGUCGCUUCAUCUACCUAUGACUUGAAUAUCUCCAGCUAGCACGACUAGCAACGAACCGAGGGAAAUCCGAUUUUCAGUAUCAAUCGUCCUUGUCAAUAAUUAACAUAAAGGAUUCCCAUCGUCUCCGACCAGCACCGUCAAAUCCCCCAAGUUAGACAAAAACGUGCCGUGCGUCACGAUGUCUUCACCUGAACAACACUGCUCCCUGGGCACAUGUCCCCUAUCAGCAUCCUACUACGGCUACCGACCUAACCUCGGCAUCGACAUAUUCUUCUCCAUCGUCUACGUCGCCGUCAUAGCCCACUGUCUUUUCGUCGCCAUCGUCAAGCGGAAGUGGCUCAGCUACACCAUCUCGAUCCUCCUCGGCGCCCUGCUCGAGCUGAUCGGCUACGUGCUCCGGUCACAUGGAUAUUUCCACCCCUUCGUUCGCAUCGGAUGGAUCAUCCAGUACUCCCUCAUCACCUUUGCUCCCGUUUUCACAAGUGCGGCAGUCUACGUCUGCAUUGGACGAAUAGCAGACUACCUGGGUAGGGGCAGCUUCAACAUCCGACCUCGGCUGUAUGCGCGCAUAUUCAUUCCCAGCGAUGUAUUCGCGCUGCUCAUCCAGGCCUCUGGCGGCGGGAUAUCGUUCGGCGAAACAGCCCCUGCAGACGGGGGCGUGUCCACGGGCCAAAGCAUCAUCAUCGCCGGUCUCGCUCUCCAAGUGCUCUCACUGACGAUAUUCUUCAUCUUAUUUCUCGGGGUCCUCUGGCCGGCGAAUCUGUUCCGCCCCAACACGUACGGCGGUAAACUCAACCGAGAAGACAGGCGGACGAGAAGAUUCGUCAUCUUCAUUCUCGUCGCUAUCCUCCUGAUCAUCGGCCGGUCGGCGUUCAGAGUCGCGGAAUUUUCGCAGGGGAUAUUCUCGUCUCUCGGGCACAAUGAGGUCCUCUUCAUCAUCUUCGAUGGAUUCCCCAUCGCCAUUGCCACGUCGCUCUUGGUCAUCUUCCACCCUUUGUACACGCUUCCAACUACGCCGCGGGCUAGCAAGUUCGCUGGCCAGGAAUUGAGAUUCUUACCUGUUGACCAACGGUCCUAGACGUCAACUAGCCCUUGUAGAAAUACUCCUUUUUUUUGGGUACUGCGGAUUAUAAAUAGAGAUGGAGCUACUAGCGUUUAUUUAGAUUAGAGACAGAACUGUGCAUACACGGACCUAUUAGCGCUAGGGGUUGGAUAUACUCUUUUCAUUCCAAUUCAACAUAGCCACCGCCCGCCUCGUGGAUAUUUUAUUUAUCAUAUGACCGUUUUUCCAAUAUCCUAGAUUAGUGCAACACAAGUAUAGUAUCGCAAAACACAACCGAUACAUAGAGCAAUAAAAAGGGGCUUAUGGCACCUAAUCGUUACAACUCAUAUUUUUCUACGUAAGAAAGCUGAAAAAUGACAAGUAUAUAAUAACCAAGAUACAAA